AUGUCGAUCAACUGUGCAUUUUUACCAUCAACAGGUUCGAAUCUACUGACAUGGCCUGCUGACGCACCUGAUUUAACAUCAUCCGAACAACCAAAUCGACCAUUAUCAGAUGCUACAUCCGUUACUACUCCAAUAAAUGGUCAUAUGUGCAAUUUACCUUACAGAAUCAACAAUUGGGAUAUGCAUUUUUGUCUACGACAAAAUAAAACAGAUGUUUACACAUGUCCUACAUUUACAUCAAAUAUGAGUAUAUGUGCGUCAGGUAAAUAUGGAUUCGCUUUUACUAAUAGUACAGAUUCAUUCGAUCAAACUUAUACAUCAUUCGUGAGAAAUAGCACAGUCGGUGAACAAUGUCUUACUUUUUAUUAUUAUUUCACUGAUGAAUCAAGAAAUCCAAAAAUUGAUAUUCUAUCGGGAUUCUCAUUUGGAAGCAGUCUUGAUGACAUCAGGAUUGUUACAGUAACACCUCAAACAGAAAAUAAAUGGUAUAAAAGACAAAUUUCGUUUUUCACAAAUUCUUCAAAUUAUGCACUUAAAUUCAAACUAAGUCGAGAUAGUGGUAUUAAUAGUACAGAAUUUUAUUUUGCACUUGAUGAUAUUUUAAUUACAAGUGAACUAUGUGAAUUAGAAUUAGAUAACUUCACAAUGUCCACUGUAUGUUGA